CAACAGCAUAGGUUUUUGUACCUCAGUAAAACUGACAUUCCGAGCGUCCAAUUCAGAAUCACCAGACUAUAAUCUUUUCCAAUCGGAGUUGGCUUUUUAGGGCAGGACCUAGAAGGGGAGUCUGUUCGGUUGACGUUGGUAGUCGAGAUUCUUUUUGGAUUUUUUUUUUUAAAUAAACAAGCCGGUUUCUCGUCGCUGUCAGUCGGUGCAGCUCGAGCUGAGCGGUGAACGUCGAUCAACAAAGAAUAUUUUAAUUCAAAAUCGGACCGAUUAUCAUUUUUUAAAAUAUUCGUUUGGGAUUUAUUUUUUAAAUCGCGAAAACGCUUUUAUAUUAAACGAUCUAGAUACUGCUAUAUUAAUACAAAUUGUUGUUGUUACUGUAUAAAAACCUAUUUUUCUAAAAAAACAACUUGCGAUGUGAACAGUUUUUUUUCUUUUUUUAGCCUAUUUAUUAACAAAUGAAGGAAACUUAACAGGAAUUAAGAUAUUUUUUUAAAAGAAAACGCGAAGGAUUGUAUGGUAUAAUUCUGCUUCAUUCUCAAGCCUUCAUCUUCGAAGUAUUACUACAUUAAUAUACCGUGUCUGUUAUUUAUUUUUGACAAAAUCCUUCCGUUUGACCCCGUUUUGAAGUGGAAAAAAAACGGCUUCCAUCUUCGAUCUUUUGUUGGGGUUACCUAGAAGAAGAAAAUACUAGACCUCUUUGAAGGAAGAAAACAAGGAGAAAUCUCGAAGUGUAUAACGGCGCUGCUCGUGUAUUUUAGCGUUUCUUACAAGGAUUGUACGUUUUUACUGCUGUUAUUGUUGAAAAUGGCGGCUGUCGGAAUGGUGCAGAUGUUGAUUGAAGCGGCUGAGUACCUUGAGCGCAGGGAGAGAGAAGCAGAGCACGGUUACGCCUCCAUGUUGCCCUACAGUAACAGCAAAGAAAGAGACAGCUUGAAAAGAAAGAAUAAAACCAAGAAAAAUUCCAGCAGCAGGUCAUCGCACAAUGAAAUGGAGAAGAACAGACGGGCCCAUUUACGAUUGUGUUUGGAGCGCUUGAAAUCCCUAGUUCCCCUGGGACCAGACUCCAACAGGCACACCACCCUGAGUUUACUGAUGAAAGCAAAAGUGCACAUCAAGAAGCUAGAGGAGAGCGAGAGGCGGGCACAGCACCAGAUCGACCAGCUGCAGCGCGAGCAGCGGCACCUGAGGCGGCGGCUGGAGCAGCUGGGCGUGGAGCGGAUACGCAUGGACAGCGUGGGCUCCACCAUGUCCUCCGAGAAAUCGGACUCGGAUCAGGAGGAGAUUGACGUGGACGUUGAAGGCACAGACUACCUGAUGGGGGACCUGGAGUGGAGCAACAGCAGCGUCAGUGACUCUGACGAGCGGGGCAGCCUGCGCAGCAGCUGCAGUGACGAGGGCUACUCCAGCGCCAGCCUGCGCAGACUCAAAGUGCAGCAGCUCUCGGCUGCGCACACCAAGACCCUGGGCUGCAGCCUAUAAGAGCAGGAGCCCCGCCCCCCACCCCCAGCAGCUGCCGCCUCGCCCGGUCCAAUCAGAAACAGUCACGCCUGACCCGUGAGCCCGCCCACUCCGUUGAAUCCAGCCCACGUGAUCUGCAGUCAGACCUGGCCCGCGCCCAUCUGCUCUUCGCCGUCCUGCACCUAGGCCCCCUCCGCCCUCGCUCUGCUUCGUCUGGUCCCAGUCGGAUGCAAGAACUCGCCCGCCUGGGUGGGCUUCUGCCCUCAAGCCCGCCGUGAUCCACCCCCACCCCCCAACACGAGUCCAAUCUGGUCCAACCAACUCCAGCUGCGCCUCUGCCUAACCCUCUCUGGCACCCUGUCCCGCCACACUGAGCCUUCCAGUCUUUGAGGAUGUGGCCCCCAGCCAGCUCCUGUCCCAAAGCUGCGUGAGGACAGUGAUUAUCUGAAGACAUUUGCACUUGGGGAUGGGGAUGUGGUUUUUUUAAACUGCAGCUAGUGCAAAAUCCAGUGUAAGUUUAUUUGAUUUUUUUUUUUUUUUGCCUCGGGUUUCUCCCUGUGCUUCGUCAGCUUCUCCACUGGGUUUCGAUGUAUUUUGCCACAGAAGGAUGGGCCCAUGUAGGCCCUGCAGCUGUGCUGGUAUUGUUCUGACUGCUGUCAUUGUCUGGACACACAGAGAUUGAAGAGAGAGGUCAAGUCAGUCAUUUAUACAGCUGCGGCUGUGGAUGCCUCCCUUUCCAAUAGAACUUUUGUGGUUUAAAAAAAAACAACCAAACCACAGUAGGUCAUGGGUUUUCGUCUUAUGUCCAUUUCUUACACGUUAUUAGACCAAUGCCUGCCGUUUUAAAUUUUAUGAUAGUGAAAAUAAUGAAAAACCGUUGUUGAAAACUGAAGAACAAUGUGCAGCAUGAGAUUGUGAGGGGGUGUGUUGGGUUGGGGGGUGCAUUCUUCCACUGUCCCCCUGCGCCUCUCUCUGGUGACAGUCCACAAGCCUCAGUGUACUGUCUGAGCCUAAAUCUUUCUUGGCAGGAAUUGCAGAUAACCUAUAUAUAGUAGGAAAAAAAAAGAAGGGAAGACUAACCUAACUAAAUAAAAGCACAUUCCAUUUGAAGCGACAUGGACGCACUUAAUGCAGGUGAAAGGUGUGUUAGUAGUUCCCGAAGUGGGUGCUUGCUUUUCUACGUCCGUCUUGACCUGGUCUCUGGCGCGGGACCCGGGUUCUUGCGCUUGUGCAAUAAUGUUGAAUCGGUCCCUCUCCACGUCUCCCCUCACGGCGGGAGUCCCGGCCGCCGUAGCGCUGCGUCGCCGCUUGUGGAGCGCCUGAGGGAGAGGCCCGCCGGCCGCUCCGAGCCCGGGCAAGACGCAGGCGGCCGGUGUGUCUCUCAAGACGCCCGUUUAAAACCAAGUUCCCGUUCAGGAACGGCGCUUGAACCCCCCAGUGCGAGGGCGUUAGCCGUCUGAGAGGAGGAAAAAAAAAAAGACUUCAUUUCUUUCCAUCCGGCGCCUCGAUUCGAACCUCACUGUUGGGAGUGACGAAAAAAAAAAACACUUUCCUCGCGUAUAACAUUAGUGCACAGGGACACUGCUCAGUGUCCGUUAUUUAAUAGAAAACUAUUUUAUUAUUUCAGCAAAAUGUAGCAGUUUUAUGUAAAUAUCUUACAAAAUAUCUAUAUAAAAUAUUUAUAUAUCUAAAAUACUAAAAAAAAUAUUUAACUAUAUUUAGAAGGUUGCUUAUUGCUUACUUGCCGUUUUUGACUUUUCUGAAAUUGCGGAGUAAAUAGUUCAAGCAUUAUUAUUUAGCAUUAGCUUUAAAAAGGGUAGUAUGUAGUAUCUUGUCUUUGCAGUUGUAAUGCCGAUUGUUUCCGAAAGUACCAAGGGUUUAAUGUGUUUAUCUUAGUUGCUGUUGAUUCAUGAAGGAGAUAACUGUAAUGCGUUUUGCUUUUAAAAACCCUUUUCCUGUGGCAGAAAGUUUCGAAUAAAUUGUAGUAGUUAAAGCAUUUGUUAAAAGGGCAUGGCCUUGCUUUUUAAAUGUUGGUCUAUUUUUAUAACUUCAAGCCUUUAGAAGAUGGCUAGCUACCUACCUCCUUUCCACAUGAGUUCCCUUGCAGCAUGCUUCCAUAGGAGUCUGGAGCGACUGCGCUCUAGGGUUUUGGGGGAGUUGAAAAUCCCCGAAUCUGGACAAAUUGUAAAGCUGGUGAAGCAUGGGGAAACUGCAUCUUCUACCAAUUGGUUCAUUCACAUUUAAAAAAAAAAAUCUACAUGUGGACGAAAAUGUAUUACAGUAUGUAAGUGGAAGCAAUAACAGGGAUGAUGUGGCUUUUACAAAGCUGGCUCGAAUAGGCAGUGUUAUAGUUGAGCUCUCUGCUCCAUUACUACCGAUUCUACUGCAGACACGACUAGGAUACCUAGGAGGCAACUUCCGUGAAACAGGAUUCUUCAUUACAUGGUGUGCUGCUAAUUGUUUUAAAACCGAAAGUCCCAGGACAGAAAAAAAAAAAGAAUCCUAUUUUAUUUUUCCAGGUUUAUGGACUGGUUUGUCCCAGUAAAUACUUUUGCACUUAAGAGCCUAGUUCCUUGCACGGGCUCUGGGAUCUUCCACGCUUCCAGUAGUUUUUCCAGCCUUGGGCUUUCUUGCUACUCCGAGUGGCUGUCAUCAGAGGGAGGCGAAGGCCGGAAGAGUGCGGGCUGGGGUGGGAGAGGGGUGGUUUUGUUAAAACAGCUGUUUGUACAGUUCCGUUUCUUUUUAUCUUUCAGUAAGAGUGCAGAAAAAGUCCACUUUCUGAAACCUCACUCUAAAGCACUACAGCUUGCCAACCUGCCACUCCUUUCCCGAGUCAUAAUUGGACUCUAAUUAUUGUUGGUCCGGUGCCCAGCGGACCCAGUAUUUUAACUGGUCAGCACUCUUGCAGAUCUCGCUGUCUUUCCGGGUGUAAAAUUCAACACCGUUCACAGUGCUGGGGAAAGAGAACAGGGCUGUCAAGUGUAUGUCCAUGCUGGAUUAUAAUGUCUUUACUUCUCAUUUCUGAAUAGGUGUCUAUAUAGACCUUGGUGCUUUAACAUCUGCACAGCAGCAGGUGUGGUUAUUAAGAACAAGACAGCUAUUUCAAAUACAGUUGCACAAAUCAGUAUGCUGUCGUGCUACAUCUUACCGAUGGCAGAACGAUUCGUUUUUGUUCCAUGUUAUUCUUUAAGGAGAGGGAACAGCCUUAAACAAAAUCACACAAACACGGAGGUCUGUUUAAACUCGUCCCUUUAAUCCUGGGUUUUUUUGUGUGUGUUCCUGUUGCAGCUCUCUGUGCCUUUUUGAGUUCUCCAUUUUUUUCUGUUCAGAUUUUGCUCCCCCGCACCUCACAUGCAACACCACACACGUGUGCAGAAACGGGCGUAGAAGUCUUCACACCCUCUUGUGUUCAAGCAGAUACUCUUCUCAAAAAGGUUGAAUGAGGUUAAUUGUCGACGUGGAUGUUUUUGUGCACUGAUUUUUAGAGCUGGGAAGUUGACUUUAAAAAAAAAAAGAACAAAGCAUUUUUUCUGUGAAAACGUGGAGCAGUAAUUUAUAUUUGCCAGUAAAAAUGAAUAAAUAAACUUGUUUACCUACA